GAUAUAUGAUUUCCUGCGGUGUCUUUAACCACGAGAAUGAGCAAAGUCAAUAUGACAUUGCUUAGAUCGUAUUUAAACCGGUCUUUAAGGAAAAGUAUCACGUGCAGAAAUUUGGCAACACAGUCUGUAGGUGGUCCAAAUGCCGAAAAUAUAGAGGAUAUUCGAGACUUGCGAAACAUCGGAAUCAUCGCUCACAUCGACGCCGGCAAAACGACGACGACUGAAAGAAUACUGUACUACUCUGGCAUUACAAAACACCUGGGUGAUGUUGAUCAUGGAGACACCAUCACUGAUUACAUGGAGGAGGAAAGGAACAGGGGAAUAACUAUCACCUCAGCAGCUGUGACAUAUCACUGGAAAAAACACCGAGUCAACCUCAUCGACACUCCAGGACAUGUUGACUUUACAAUUGAGGUAGAGAGAGCUCUGAGAGUGUUAGAUGGGGCUGUCACAAUUCUGGAUUCUUCUGCAGGAGUAGAAGCCCAGACAGUUACUGUUUGGAGACAGGCCACAAAGCAUAACAUCCCCUCCAUCAUUUACUUGAACAAACUGGACAAAAUGGGUUCCAGUGUGGGUUUGUGCUUAGAGUCCAUCAGACAAAAAUUGCACACAGAUCCAUUUCUCAUUAAUUUUCCUUAUGGUAUUGACCAACAUAAGUUCAAAGGACUUGUAGACAUUGUUGAUAUGGUAAAAUACGAAUGGGAUUUAGCAAAAUCUCCAGAUGGAAGGAAGUUCUCAAUUUUGCCUCUCACAGAGAAAGAUGACGGUAAAUUUUGGGAGUACGCAGUAAAAGAAAGAACAAAUUUGAUUGGUCAGUUAAGUGACACAGAUGAAAAAAUUGCAGAUGAGGUUCUGUUAGCAAAAAGUAUGGAUGAAAUUAAAGCAGAAGAUGUGAAGAAAGCUCUAAGACAUGCCACUAUCAAGAGACAACUUACACCAGUAAUGUGUGGGUCUUCACUGAAAAACAAAGGAGUGCAACUUUUAAUGAAUGCUGUGUAUGACUAUCUACCCAGUCCGAAUGAUAGAGAGUUUCCAUUUCUUCAAUAUUAUGGAUCGGAUCUUUGUGCAUAUGCUUUCAAAACUAUUCAUGAUCGACAAAAAAAUCCUCAAACCUUUUUCAGGAUUUACUCGGGAAGUUUGAAUUCAGGAAGUGAUAUUCACAACAUCAAUAGGGAUUGUAAAGAGAGGGUGAAAUCACUGUCCAGAAUUUUAGCCAAUGAUUAUAGCAGAGUAUCUGUAGCUCGACCAGGGGAUAUUGUCUGUGUACCUGGGCUUCAAGAGACCAGAACUGGUGAUACUAUCACUUCCACAAAAGGUUUGGCCAAGCUAAAUCCCAUACUGAGACAAUCAGAACACAAACAACAUGAAGAAGCAGAAGAGUCACAUCAUGAUGGUAGCUAUGACGACAAUUUGAACAAUGAAGUGGUGCUGGCUGGUCUACAAGUGCCCUCCCCUGUUUACUUCUGCUCUGUGGAACCUCCAUCACUGGCUUACCAAAAUGACCUUGACAUGGCCUUGGCAUGUCUGCAAAGAGAAGAUCCAAGUCUUAAGGUGGAAGUGAACCAAGAAACAGGUCAAACUAUUCUAUCUGGAAUGGGAGAACUGCAUUUAGAGGUCAUUAAACACAGAAUAUUAUCGGAAUUCAAGGUUGAUGCCUAUAUGGGUCCCCUACAGAUUGCCUACAGGGAGACGAUUAAAGAACCAGUCACUCAUUCUGAGACCCUGGGCAGCGUCAUUGGUGGAAAGAAGCAGCAUGCCACAGUAGCCUUGACAGUUCAACCCAGCAAACAACUGGACAAUAGAAAAGUCAUAUCCUAUGAUCCACACAGUCAAGAGGACUUUAUGACAUCUUUUAAGUUUAGAAAGACGUACAAAUCUGCUAUUGAGAAUGGGAUCAAAUCAGCUUUAUCAUAUGGUCCAAUUUUGAAUUUUCCGGUGAUAAAUGUGGGUGUAGUUCUCCACAGUGUGGACUUAUCUUGGGAAGCUUCUCCAAACGUAGCUGCAGCAGCUGCCUCAAAGUGUCUCCAUGCUGCCCUGAGGAAAGCCACACUCCACCUUAUGGAACCCAUAAUGAAACUGGAGAUCAGCACAGAUGAGGAGUAUUCCUCAGCAGUCCUCCAUGAUUUGUCCAGCAGACGUGCCAUGAUAGAGCACGUCCACCAGACUCCCAAGGACGGCACAAAGAUCAUUCAGGCUACUGUGCCUCUUUCCGAGCUAAGUCACUACUCAAAUUCAGUCAGAAAGAUUACACAUGGGCAGACAUCUCUGAGUAUGGAAUUUUCUCAUUAUGAAGAAAUGAAUGAGGAGGAGAAAAAUAAAGCUAUCGAGGAAGUGACUGGGUUUCCGGUAAACCCAAGUAUAUUUAAUUCUCCCCAGUGAGUAGAAACUAUGAACAGACAGAGAGUCCUUUAGUAGAUCUUUGGAAGAUGCUCUGAGCAGAUUCAGUGCUCAUUAUCAUAAACAUAUUGUAAAAGUGGUUAUUUACGCUGGGGGUCAAGUACUCGAUUUUCUAUGUCCAUGAUUACAUAUGAGGGAAAAAUAUGUGUUAAUUGUAUAUAAUUCAUAUACAUGUAUAUCAAUUAUUUAUUACUAUACGUGUGGAGGAAAUUUACGCACUUAUUACAUGACUGCGUAAUUAGUGUAAAUUUCCCCCAUGCAUAAAUAACUACUUUUACAGUAUAUUACAUCAUGGAUGUAUAAUUAUGUUGAAUAGAAUAUUUGGUACUAAAUGAUGAUUUACAUUUCUAUUGAAUAAAUGAAAAAAUAAG